AGUGAGAGUACAGUACUCGUUUAAAAAUUUGAAUUUAUUUAGAAAUUAUGGUAUGUUAAACAUUUCCAAGUUUCUGUGCAGCGAUUAUCACCGCCCAAACUAAAAUCAAUGAAAGUGGAUAAUGCUGGGUCUCGUAGAGAACAGUGUUUCUCCAGCGAAAGUAACGACAGGCCUGGAGACGUCUUCCACCCGGAUUUCUUACAAGGAAAAGCUGCUUUUUUUGACAUCUCAGUUAGAAAUUCUUUUACCAAUCAUUUCAUCAACAGUUGCUCUACCAAAGCAGGAGCUGCCGCCGAAGCUGGCGAAGUUCAGAAAGACCUUCGCUACGAUUCAGACGUCACAAGCGCAGGAGCCAGUUUUUACCCUAUGAUUGUUGAGACAUAUGGAACAUGGUCCACAUACAGCUUGGAGAUCAUAAAAGUGAUUGCAAGGAAAACUUCAGUUUUGAACAAAUUACCUGUUAGCAGAAUAGUAUGUAACAUACAUGAACAACUAGCAGUACGACUUUGGCAGUAUAAUGCCAGGAUGGUUUUGGACAGGCUACAUUUGGUCUGUCAUGGAGAGUAAAAUAAAAUAAAUAUAUUUAUAAAAAAAAAAAAAUAAAAAAAAAAAAAAAAUAUAAACUAUUUAGAUAUAACGCAUAGUGUGCAGCACUGUGGUUGAACAGACUUUUAGAUAUCUAGAUAUCAAAAUACGUGUGUAAUCCUUGUUCGAAAUCAGGAUGGAAGACAGCACCUGGACGCAUGUUGUUUGUCGACUGAGCAGUGUUGUUCUCUUGGACAGUUGGCAUUCGACUCAAAGAGCGUGAAGGAAGACAUCACACAGAGCAUCAUGACCACGUGUUCUCCAUUUCCGUUCACCACAGCAGGUGAUCCCCAAAACGAUCCAAACUCUGGUUGCAAGAGCACUGACUCGUUUCGGAAACAAGAAUUGGAACUCCAAGCCAAAGGUGCAAAGAUAUCAUCAACUCUUUCUGGGGUAUGACAAGGUCAAGAUUUACUGGCUUUCAAUGUUUCUCCCAAUAGCUUUUCUUAUACUGACGCGUGAUGUCGUCGUUUCAUUCAAUUUCUCGUCGCUUCGCACGUGAUCGUUGGUAGGGUUCUCACCAACACAGAGGCAAAACAGUUAAUUGACGAGCGUGUGUAGCGAGGUGGGUCGCACAACAGAAAGGGGCGUGGUCCUAUAGGGCUAUCUCGGUCUAAAUAAAUAUUUAAAUAC